GAGUGAGAAAGUGGCCAACUCCUCCCUCUUUCUCUUUCCUUCUCAUCAUCAUUCAUGAUGAUUAGUGACACCAAAAGGAAAAACAAUUAAAUAUAAAUCCCAUAAAAGGUGAAAGGUAGCAAAGGGAAGAAAGAAAAGUAAAUUCAUACGAGUAGGAACCCGAUUCAAAGUUUGUAGAGAGAGAAACUGCUAGGGAAGGACACACAAAGAAAACAGCUAGGUAGCUAGCUAUGAGGGAAAGAAACUUGUGGCACAGGAAGGGAGAGGGAGGCUAGAGAGAGAGAGAGAGAGAGAGAUAGAAGAGAAGGCUCUUCCCUACUUGCUCUUCCUUUUGGCUGAAAACAGCUUUUUGAAGGGCCUUUGGAAAGGUCCGAAGGUUUAGCAAGGUAUAAUCUUUUGGAGAUAUUAAUUGAAGUAGAAUUUGGAAAGGUAGGCAGUUUCUGUUAUAGAGGCUGGAAGUUUGAUGUCAGUUUUAAGGUGGGGGUGGCCUUCUUCUUGCUGAUUAGUGGUGAAACAGUAAUGCUAGGGACAUGGGAAAGAAAGGCAGUUGGUUUUCUGCAAUCAAGAGAGUGUUUAUACCGCAUUCUAAGGAGAAGCUAAUCAAUGACCCAGAGAAGAAAAGCACAAAAGAAAAGAAGAAGAAGGGAUUAGGAAAACGGGAUACCAAUUCAUUCAUUCCCCUAUUCAGGGAGCCAAGCAGCAUUGAAAAAAUUUUUGGGGACUUUGAAAGAGAGCAACAAAUAUUAACUUUUAGGCCUCCCACGCCUGCUGAGCAAUCAAAAACACCCCCUUUUCUGACUCCUAGAGCUGCUUCUCCAAGGGCUCCUUCUCCAAGGGUUGCCUCUCCCAGAGUUGCUUCUCCAAGGGUUGUGUCCCCUAGAGCUGCUUCUCCUCGGAUUGUUCGUCACUACAAAGAGAUCAGCCACAGACCAGAACCAACUCUAAGAAACCACCAUGCUUCAGCUACUAAGAUCCAAGCAGCCUAUAGAGGUUAUAAGGCAAGGAGAAGCUUUAGAGCAUUAAAGGGUCUGGUGAGGCUUCAAGGAGUGGUGAGAGGACAGAACGUGAAGCGCCAGACAAUGAAUGCCAUGAAAUAUAUGCAACUCUUGGUGCGUGUUCAAUCUCAAAUUCAGACACGGAGGAUCCAGAUGUUAGAAAACCAAACCCGGCGGCAAGCUCAAUUUAGGAAUGAUAAGGAGGUGGAGAGUACCUUUGGAAAAUGGAGCCAGGCAUCUGAGGCAGGUAACCAUGAUGACUGGGAUGAUAGCUUGCUAACAAAGGAGCAGAUAGAGGCAAAAUUGCAGAGAAGGGUUGAGGCAGUUAUCAAGAGAGAGAGAGCCAUGGCCUAUGCAUAUUCACACCAGUUGUGGAAAGCCACUCCUAAAUCGGGUCAAACACCUCUAACUGAUAUCCGAUCUGGGGGAUUCCCAUGGUGGUGGAACUGGUUGGAACGCCAACUCCCUCCAGCAAAUCCAACUGAAGGACUUGCAGUGAAAAAUUUUCAACUUACACCUCAAAGACCGCAUUCAGAGCUGAAGCCAAGCCCACCGCCCCAAUCAAGCAACUACAAGCAACAUCAUUUUGGGUUUGAUAAUAUGGAUAUUGCCACACCAAAAUCCUCAAAAUCAACCAUACUCACGACGGCAAAACAUGCUCGAACCCCACCUCCAAGUAGAACCCCACUAGGCAACAGCAGCUUGUCAAAGUAUUCAAGACCAAGAGCUAGUGGAGCUGAUUCCGCUUUUGAUCUGCCACUAAAGGAUGAUGACAGCCUCAUGAGCUGCCCACCAUUUUCAGUUCCAAGCUACAUGGCUCCAACAGUUUCAGCCAAAGCCAAAGUAAGAGCUGGUAGUAACCCCAGGGAUAGGUUUCCAGGGACUCCGGCCAGUGAGUCAAAGAGGCGACUUUCAUUCCCUUUGACACAAGGCAUAGGGCCUUUCAAGUGGAACAAGGGCUCCUUGUUCUCUAACAAGGAUUCUAGCUCCCAAAGAAUGUUAGACAAGAACCAGUCGGUUCAAUCUAUAGGGAAUUUGAGUGUGGAUUCUACAGUUUCUUUACCUGCUGGGGUUGGAAGGAAGCCAUUUAACCGAUUUGUGUGAUUUAUUUUUGGUUUCUUUUAACCUUUUUUUAUUUUAAAUUUUAUUUUAUCCUUCCAUUGUGGUUUUUAUUUUGAUUGAGUGUAUGGUGAUAGCUUGAUUUACAUAUUACUGAUGUAAUAUAAUAAAGAAACAAUAGGAAAUGGUGGUUUGGAUGUAA